CGCACUUCGUGGGAUGGAGCUCAUCCAGUUUUACGACUACAACAUAUCCCGCCAGGAAGGUGGCCGCCAUCCAAUUCGUGACUGGUCAUUCUUCAUGGAUAUCGAGAAUGUGACGGCUAUGCCAAAGACUGACGAUAAGGCAGAAGCCGCAAAGUUGGCCAAUUUGAUUCCGGUUCUUCCACGGUACGAGGCUUCUCAAGAGGACGUUGAGGCGAUCAAGGGCCUCUAUCACAGUAGUCAAGCCUUUGACGCAGUGUAUGUGUCGCCGCCAGUUGCGGAAAGGGAUGAAGACGGUGAUAUUGAGAUGGCAGACGCUGAAAGCCAGGACCCGGCCCAGCAGCGUGCUACGGUGACAUCUCGAGGGGAAUCACGAGCCAACAGAGGAACAGGAAAAGCAGCUUCGAGGGAUGAGUCGGAACAGUCAGAUUCUAUCAAUCAAUCGAAGGGCCCACGUCCUGGGAAGGGGAAGAAGGUCGCCCGAGCUAGGAACACAACGCCCGAUAGGGACCUUAGCGGAACCGAAUCCGAGGCUUCUAGCGAAGCUACCCCGAAAGCACCCAUCCGCCACGCUCGAGCGGAAACCGAGUUGACCACUUCUACGCUUACGGAAGACAGCGUCGCGCACGACUAUGACGACGAAAUAUCACUGGCAGGAUCAAGUGCCAGCAACCCGAUCGACUUGGACAGCACAGAGCCACCAAAGAUGAAUUUACGCCUAUGGCGCCUUCAACAAGAAGACAAUUUCAACCGCGUUAAGCGCGAGCAAUCCGACGCAAUGUCGAUUGGCCGCGUGUCUUCAGCCGGAAGCGAGAGAUCCCACGGCAGCGGAAACGGCCUCUUCGUCGGCGGCUCGUCGCCGUCAAUGUCCCACUAUCGACCACACCGUGAAUCCACCGUGCUGACGGAUACGUCACGCAAGAGAGGACACGGCGAGGUGGAUAUUCGAAGCGCCAUCGAUCUGACGACAGAUGAUGACGAUACCAACUACUACAACACCAGUUUCCCAAGCUCUUCCAUGGCCACCUCCUCGCGCCGCACCGGUAUUGAAGGGCCCUGGGGAUACCUUCCCCCUAUCAUACAGCAGGAGCCCUCUCACCCUAGACUUGAGCGUCUGGCAAGCGUUGGAAGCGUAGAUGACUGUCCUUUCAACAAAAGACGAAGACAUUGACUCGCCAGGAUCGGUCCUGAAUCUCACUAAUUGAUUUCUUACAGGUUUUGCGGUUGGUUAAUAUCUUGCGGCGUUUUUUUUUCUAACAAAUUUCAAGCGAUUUGCAGCACUUGCGGUGCUGAGCCCGACGAAUUUGGGAGCUUAUAUGCGUUUUGCUUUUGGUCGAAUCAAGGGGCACAGGAGAUGGCUAUCUCACUUGCAUACCAGUAACUAGCCACAUAGGCAGACAGC